CGGAAGGGUCAUGUGGUUUGAAAUUUUCUGAAUACUGAAAGAUUUUUUGUUGGUAUCCUCUCUGGAUUUUAUCAUAUUACCUUAUUCGGAUCCUUAACACGUUCAUCAAGGUGUUGGUUUUCAUUAUUGACACCAAAGGUUGACAUUCCAGUUCCACAGCAUUUUAUCUGGGUUGUCUGUGUUAUGAUCACAGGAUGGGUGACGAUUCAGAAUGGCUGAAGUUACCCACGGAUGAGAAGGUCCAGCACAAGGCAUGGAAGGCUCGUAUGGCCGGAUAUGAAGAAGCAACAAAGUUAUUCAAGCGAAUUGAUGAUGAAAAGAGCUCAGAGUUCUCAAAAUAUCUGGGACUGAUCAAGAAAUUUGUGACGGACACAAAUGCAAUAGCCCAGGAGAAAGCUUUAGAAGCUGUUUUGGCUUUUCUGGAGAGAGCACACGUAGCCGGAAAAACUGCUUGUGAAGUGUGCGGCUGUGUGGUGUUGAAAUGUCUGAGUGCGUCGCGAGCGAAGACAAAGGAGAGGGGGUUGGAGAUUCUGUUGAUGUACAUCGAGAUCGAGAAGCAAGAAGUUGUCCAGGAUGAGUUGAUGAAGGGUCUUGACAACAAAAAUCCCAAAAUCGUAGCGGCAUGUAUCGUAGCCCUGAGAGAGGCCGUGAAGGGUUUCGGGCCCAAGGUCAUGACGAUCAAACCGAUCGUCAAACAGUUCCAGCGACUUCUUGAGGAUCGUGACAAGACUGUCCGUGAAGAGACGAAGCAGUUAGUGAUUGAGAUUUACAAAUGGAUUGGGGCCGCCAUCAAGCCACAGCUGGUGAACUUGAAGCCGGUUCAGAUUUCUGAAUUAGAGGCCGAGUUCGACAAACUACCCGCUCAGAAGCCCUUACAAACCCGGUUCUUGCGAUCUCAGCAGGACCUUCGAGCGAAGGUUGAGGCGCAGGCAGAGGCACAAGCACGUGGCGACGAGGAUGAAGUUGACGGAGGCCCGGCAGAGGAGGUCGAUCCUUAUGAGUUGAUGGAGGCGGUCAAUAUUGUGCCAUUGAUUCCAAAGGAUUUCUACGAGAAAAUUGAGGCAAAGAAAUGGCAAGAGAGGCGAGAGGCUUUGGAGGCGGUCGAGAAACUCAUGCAGAACCCAAAAAUAGAACCGGGUGAUUUUGGUGACUUGCUGCGGGCGCUGAAGAGAGUCGUUGCCAAGGAUACCAAUGUCAUGCUGGUAGCACUUGGUGCUAAAUGCAUGACGGGGCUUGCUAGCGGAAUCCGGAAAAAGUUCCAGCCUUACGCUGGCCAGUGCAUGCAGACGAUCCUGGAGAAGUUCAAGGAGAGGAACAAGAAUGUCCUGGCAGCUUUAAGGGAUGCUGCUGAUGCCAUUUACCCAUCGACAAACCUGGAAGCAUUAUCCGAAGAUAUCUUGGCCAACUUGGAUAACAAGAAUCCCAACAUGAAGACAGAGGCAGCCUCGUUCCUGGCAAGAUGUUUCACCAAAGCCACCCCUGCCACUUUACCAAAGAAGUUACUGAAGCUGUUUAUUGCUCCACUUUUAAAGACCAUAAAUGACACUGCACCAGAAGUCCGAGAAGCAUCCUUCAUUGCGCUGGGUACAGCUAUGAAAGUGGUCGGUGAGAAGCCAUUGGGCCCGUUUAUUGCCGACAUAGAUGCAAUCAAAAUGGCAAAGAUCAAAGAUUGCUGUGAUAAAGCUGAACUAGCAAACAUGAAAGGAAAAGCAUCCAAGCCAGCGGCAGAGGCGGCCCCAGCCAAGCCUGCAGCUGCUCCUGCUAAGAAAAAGCUUCCCAACCAACCAAAAGUGUCGUCUGAGGACGAUGGGCCCGCCCCUAGCAGUAAUAAUGCCCCCAGCGCUGGUAGUAGUAACAGUAGCAAACCUGCAGCAAGUAAAUCUGGAGCACUGGUGAAGCGACCUGCUACAGCCGGUGCAAAGAAGGGAAAGAAAUCUGCUGCCGGCAAGAGUGCUUCAACGGAGGAGGUCGCUGAGAAUAUUCAAGGAGAUGAUGUUGUAGAAGACAAAGUAGGUGCCAUUCUUCCAGCAGAGACGAUCGCUGGGUUAGGAAAUUCCAACUGGAAGGAGAGGUUAGCCGCAAUGGAAAAGAUGGCUGAGGUUGUGAAAGUCAUGGAAAAGAAAGAAAUUCCAUGCCAGGCGUUAGUCAGAACCAUUGCAAAGAAACCCGGCCUAAAAGACAAUAACUUUCAAGUUUUAAAGCUGAGAUUCGAAAUGCUCACCUUCUUGGCCGUGAACGCAAACUUCUCAAAGACAUCUGCAUCCUUCGUACUGAAUGACCUCAUCGACAAGAUUGGCGAUCUCAAGAAUGGUCCGGCUGCAAAAGAUGCAUUGACAGGAAUUGCUGAAUCAACACAGCUUUCUUAUGUCUGUUUAGAGAUCAUGGAAUAUGGAUUUACGCAGAAGAACCCCAAGAAUCAAGCAGAGACCUUAAACUGGCUCGCACAAGCAAUUCUCGACUUCGGAAUGAAACUUCAAAUGAAGCCCUUGAUUGCCAAUGUAAAGAAGGCAUUUUUGGCAACAAACCCGGCGGUGCGAACAGCAGCCCUCAACUUACUACAGAACAUGUACCUAUUCAUGGGACCGCAGUUACGAGUGUUCUUCGACGAUGAGAAACCCGCCCUGUUGACAAUGAUCGAUGCGGAGUUUGCCAAAGUCGAGGGCCAGAAACCACCGGCACCGACACGUGGUGUUAAGCCAUCUGAUACCGUCGACGGUGAGGAGGAAGAAGAAGAUGAGGAUGCUGGUGGAGAUGGUCCCAAUGUCGCAGAUUUAGUCCCUAGGAAUGAUAUCAGUGACCAAAUCAAGCAAGAUCUGCUGGACAAACUCGGUGACAAAAAUUGGAAGAUACGAAAAGAAGGUUUGGACGAAGUGAUCACGAUAUUGAACGAUGCAAAAUUUAUCACAGCUAAUCUUGGACCCCUACCUGAGGCUUUGACUAAGAGGCUUGCAGACUCUAACAAAAUUCUGGUGAAUACAACCUUGGGUAUAAUUCAGACGUUGGCAGUCUCAAUGGGACCUCACCUCAAACAGCACAUCAAAACUGUCAUCCCGGCCGUUAUAGGUUGCCUAGGCGACAGUAAGGCAAACAUCCGCGCAAGCGCCCUCAAGACGAUGAACGAUUGGUUGGAACAAUCAAACCUGACGUUAUUCGUUGAGGGGGAGAUUUUGAGCGAUGCAUUAAAAAUCGAGAACCCAAAUCUCCGUACUGAGUUGCUUGGUUGGUUAGCAGAGAAGUUGCCCAAUGCCAAGAAGCUCCCCGCAGAUCUUAAGGACUGCGUACCGCUCAUCUUCGCCUGCCUCGAAGACAGAAAUGGCGAUGUGAGAAAGAAGGCGCAGGAAGCUCUAAUGCCGUUUAUGAUUCACACAGGCUGGGAACAUAUGGGUAGAGCAGCAGGAAAGUUAAAGCCUGCAUCUAAGGACCAAGUGAUGGGCUAUCUGGAGAAGGCAAAAGCUGCUCUCCCAGCCAAGCCUGUUGCAGUGCGGCCAAAGACUGCCCCUGCCAAGGUCUCCGCUCCUGCUGCUGCCGCUAGCAAACCUGUCUAUGAUGAUGACGAUGAUGAACCAGAACCCGCUGCACCGGCAAAGACCAAGGCGGCAGCCCCUGCGAAUAACAAACCCGCGUCAAAGAAGGCUGUAGCGGGAAAAGCCAAGGCUGCUGCGUCUGCCCCAAGCAGUAAGAAAAAAGAUGAAGAUGACGAAUUCGGACCACCUCUGAUAGCGAACGCCAAGGGAAAGGAUCAACGCUUCAAAGAUGAGAAAAAUUUGAAGGUCUUAAAGUGGAACUUCACUGUCCCACGCGCUGAAUUCCUUGACCAGUUGAAAAGCCAGAUGGAGGGCAACUUCAGUCGGGGUCUCAUGGACCUUAUCUUUCACAAGGAUUUCAAGAACCAUACAAAGGGGAUUGAGGUCAUGAUGAAGUUCUGUCAAGAUGCGACGUCCCAGGACGCAACCAUCACCAACUUGGAUCUGAUCCUCAAGUGGAUGACAUUACGGUUCUUCGACACUAACCCGAGUGUCCUGCUGAGGGGCCUCGUCUACCUGGAAACCGUGUUCACGAUGUUGGCAGAGGAAGACUACCAUGUCACUGACCUUGAAGCAAACUCCUUCAUUCCAUAUCUGGUCAACAAGGUUGGAGAUCCAAAAGAUGCGGUCCGUGGUCCAAUUCGGCGUAUCUUCAAACAGAUCUGUAAAGUUUUCCCAGCCAGCAAGAUGUUCAACUUUAUCAUUGAUGGACUCAAGUCAAAGAAUUCCAAGCAAAGAACAGAAUGUCUGGAGGAGCUAGGCAGUCUCGUCGAGACGUACGGGAUCAACGUUUGUCAGCCAUCGCCGGCAGCCGCUUUAAAAAUCAUCGCCACUCAGAUCGGGGAGCGUGACAACAACAUUCGAUCAGCUGCACUUAAUACCAUUGUCGUGGCAUAUAAUAUACUUGGUGAUAAUGUCUAUAAAUAUAUUGGAAAGUUAAAUGAUAAAGACCAAGGCAUGCUUGAGGAGAGGAUCAAGAGGGCAGCCAAGAUGAGACCAGCGACGGCCCCCGAACCUGUCCAAGUUGUCAAACAGGAACCGGCAAAGCAACAAGCCAAGGGCCAGGUUGCGCAGCGACCGUCGAGACCACAAGAUAAGGAGGAGGUGCAGGGCAACAACAGGCAGGUUCGCAGCAAUUCUCAAGCCCGAGCCACCAAACAGUACUUCCAGUUAGACUUUGACGACCAUGAGCAAUCUGUGAUGGUGGAGCCAAAGUUGCAAACAAUUGACAUGGAGGAGUUCAGCGAGCCCGUCAAGGUGCCCGAAUCUGCAAGGAAUCGGCCGCCAUCCCCGUCGAUGAAAUAUUUGUCGUUAUCGUCGAAUGACGCCUGUUCAUUGGUGAAUCUCGUCAUGUCGCAGAUCGCCAGUAAUGAUAUGAACAUAUGUAUGCAAGGGUUAAUACAGAUCGAUGAAGUUCUCAAAGAUGAAGACAAACGUGAAGUAAUGUCCAGCCAUAUUGACCAGUUUCUCGUCUCCACGUCCAUGCAACUCCGCCUUGCCCAUAAUAAACACAUGGGCGAGAUGAAUACAUCGAAGGAUGAAGUGAUCAAGAUGUACAGAUGUCUCAUGAGUGCACUCAUAUCAUUAUUCCAACAGCCAGAGCUUGCCAAGGAGGCAUCUCGUGACAGCCUGAAGGAUCUCGUCUACCAUCUCAUCACGGUCAUGUUAGAUUCACGGCUGAAUGAGCUCGAGGAUGGACCGCAGGUUGUACGAUCUGUCAAUGUGAUAGUGGUGAAAAUAGUAGAGAAAUCUGACCCAUCCAAAGUUAUGAGCGCUCUGAUCAAACUUUUACACGAGUGCGUGGCCAGCGAAAGAUGUUCGACAAAAUUCAUGGAACUUGUUAUGAAGUGUUUGUGGCGCGUUGUGCGUCUGCUGCCGAACAUUAUAAACGAUCUAAACGUCGAUCUGAUCAUCUUGGAUCUCCAUCUCUUCCUCAAAGCAUUCCCGAAGACAUUCUGGAAGGAACGAUCAAGCGACACACCGUUCAGAACAAUAAAAACUGUGCUGCAUUCUUUAGCAAAAUUAAAGGGGGACCGGGUGCUAAAGCACAUGACUUUAAUUGACAAACCAUCAGAGUCGGAGAUGGAAUCUUACCUACUCAAAGUGCUCAAGAGCGUAGGCAACAAUGUCAACUCGGUCAACAACAAGAAUGAACAAAUGAACGGUGAGACACCACGCAAGGAGUUGCCGAAGUCGAACUCAAAACAGCGGCUAUCGAAGAACACCCAUGACAUGUUGGCAGAGAUUUUCAAGAAGAUUGGUUCGAAGGAAAACACGAGGGAGGGUUUGAAUGAUUUGUACGACUUCAAGCAGAAAUACCCGGAGGCAGAUCUGGAACCGUUCUUGAAGAAAUCAUCGACAUUCUUUCAAAACUACAUCGAGCGGGGGCUGAAGAAUAUUGAAAUAGAACGAGAACCAAAAUCUAGUCCUAGAGCAUCUGAACCACCGUUGAGUGAAAGUAGCAGUUCGAACUCUGUAGCAAGCGAUGCAAAGCCCGGUUCGGCUGAUGGUGUCAUUAACCCAGCGAUGUACAUGGAGAGAUUGAAGGUGCUGCGAGCGAGAUGUGGAUUAGCUAACACUGGGGCAGCAGAACCUGCAGCGGGCCAUGAUGUCUCGGUCGCGCCACAGUUAGACAUUGGACAACAGGAACCAGUAGAGGACCCACCAAGAGAGGAGCCAAAUGGGGCGGCCAAACCAAACCUUAAUGUGGACGAGUUCAGGAAGCGAUUAGAAAGGGUUAAAAAUGCAUCCAAAACAUAAACAAAAGAUUAAUUGGGAGCUCUUGAAUAUUUGACUCUUAACAUGUAUGCUCGAAUCUGACAGAUUUCUGCGCAUGUGCAUUUAGAAAUAUCAGGGGCUUGGCAGUGUGCUGACAUUAUGAUGCAAUUGCUGCCUAUAUGAACAAGGAAAACUAACACCUAUACAUUGUACAGCAAAACACUAUAGGUAAAGAGCUACCUUCCAGAUCCAGCAAAAUGUAUGUGGUAUAACCAAGAAAAUGCACUUCACUGAUAAACUUGCAAAUUACAUGUAGAUUACAUCAUAUUGUCUAAGGACUGACAUCAUGGUCGCAUCUGAGGUGUGGCGCAAAUAUUUGGCAGUUUACAGAAUUGCUGUGUGCUGAUGACAUCAUGUUCGAGAUGUGGGGUGGGGGUACGUUGACCGAAUGUCACAAAGGGCUGGGCCCUGCAUCUUAUCAAUGGUGCUUUGAUUGAUUUAAGUUUUUUAUUGGGCUUCUGCUGUUUGAGAACCUGAGAAAGCAACAUAUGACACUUUACACUUUUUUGUUGCAAAUUCGUAGAUCUGUAUUUUUUUGGCUGCUUCGUAACUGGUAUUGUUGAUAGUUUUUUUAUGCUGGCAGUAUUUUUCGUUGUAGUAAUUUCUGUGCACAUAUUUGUACCAUGUACAAGUCUACAUAGGGUAGGAUAAGUACUUUGAUAUAAAGAAUAUUUGUCAACUUGCUAACAAUACAUGGACCAGGAGCCUGGUCUGCUGCCCCAAUACAUAUACGCUCUUGUAGCACGAAACACUAGUUUCAUGAUGCAGUGCAGGUUAAUGCAUGGCAUUGACGUUGUAGAAAGCCAUACUGGAAGAAAAAAAUGGUUUUGGAAUAUCACCUACCAAAGUAGCGAAUUAGAAAAUCUCCCAGGCUGCAUGCUUGUGGGCUGCUUGCUCGUCAUCGUUCAAAUGACCUGAGGUAAGAUUAUCAGACGGUAGAAUCGCUUUGAUGUAAAUACAAUACAGAAAUGCUUCUAACCGUUAUUAUUCUGUGAUUCAUUAAAUGGCGUAGAUACCCAAUGAAGUUGCUAGUUCUGUUAAGUUUAUUCUCCACUGCACUUUGAAAAAUGUAUAAAUGUAAAUUCUGAAUGUGUGUCUGUCGUACGUGUACUUGAGUGUUGUAGAACUACAUGUUGGGAUGUGGAGAUAAGUUUAGAUUGGAAGAUGAGAUAUUUGGUGAGUUUCGGUGUAUUGUGGAGAGUUUUUUAAGUGGAUAGUCCACAUUUGUCAUUUGGAGAUGACGCAGUUUGAAAUUUAGGCCUGCUAAGUUUGUUUUCGUUACUUCUCUGUUAUAAAAGAUACUAGAAAGGGUUAAAUCUUAGAUCAUGUUGUCCAGGUUGCAAAGUGUAACUUACACAAAACCAUUGACCAUAAAUGUAAAAUUUUGACAAGUCGUCACGUCCUUCUUUGUGCAUGAUGCUCUCAUUUGCAUUCGAUAAAUAAUGAUUGCCAAUAAAGUUCGACCACCGAACCCUUCAUUACCCUUCAUUACCCACUUUAAAGUAUGCGGUCUCAGAAAUUACUAUCUAUAACUAAUUACAUGUACGAUGCAAAAAUGUGCUGUGCUAUUUUCCUAGCAGGUUGGCUUUUUUCUCAAAUAGAGCUAAGUUGCUUUGUGUGUUUGAAGGAGAAUGUGCAUGUAGUUGUUCAGCAGCAAAAUUGUUGGUGCCAGUGCAAGCAAAUGUUUUCCUGUACAUUUGAUACUGUAUGUGUUGUUGGCAGGUGGUGACUUUGAAUGAGAAGGAAAGUCAAGGUCAAAUUAUUGCCUAGCAAUCAACAAAUUACAGUAAAAUUUCUCUAGUAAGGACACCCUUGGGAGUGACCAAUUGUGUCCUUAAUAGAGAGGUAAAUUGAAAUUACAGCUUUGGGACCAAAACUUGUGUCCAUAAUAGAGAGGUGUCAGCUAAGAGAGGUUCCGCUGUAUGUGUUUCGGUCUGUAAUAUGUGCAUAUUUAGUGUCAUCUUUAUCUGUAAACUUUGGCUCAUUUGUAAUACUCAAAACUUGAUGUGGCUGUGCCCUUUUUGUCAGGCUCCAUAGCUCCUUUAUUGUAAUUUCUUGAAACUGUAAAUAUCUAUUCCCUUUAGCUGUUCUCGUUCUUUGCUGAGAAGGAAACUUUGAUGGUAUUUCAAAAUAUAAAUAAAAUUACCGCA